UCAGUUUUUCCAAAAUUCUACAUGGUAUCAGAGCCAAUUUCCCGGGAACUUCUCAAACCGUAGUUUUUUUUCUCACGCACGGUGCCACCACCGUUGCUUCGCCGGGCCGCCACACCACGGUCGCCCCUCUUCGAUCGGCUCACGUCGAUCACCACCGCUGCAGCGCCGGCUCACGUCGGACUCAUAAUCACCGUCUCACGCCGGUACUAUCUUCGUUUCCAUGGCAAGCGAAGGAACAAAGAAGGUCAGGCUCAUCUACGACCCUACCUCUCCGUACUACAUCCACCCGUCCAAAAGUGCGGGUAAUUCCUUGACGAAGCAUCUUCUCAAAGGUGAUAAUUAUGAUAUUUGGGAGAAAACAAUUAUUAACGCUCAAGAAGGGCGUAGCAGAGCAGGUUUUCUCAAUCCUUCCGGGUUUCCUAAACCCACUGAUGAACAGGAAUUGGCGGCAUGGAAAGCUAAUAAUUCCAUAAUUUGUUCUUGGAUCUGUAACAGUGUUGAUGAACACAUCCAACCUUCCAUUAUCUCCCAUAAAAUUGCUCAUGAAUUAUGGUUAGAUCUGAAGACCAGAUAUGGAGGUUCCAAUGGACCUCGUAUUCACCAAUUGAAAUCUGAGUUUCAAUCUUUGCGUCAAAAGGGACAAACUGUGGUUGUCUAUUAUAACCAAUUUGUGACUUUGUGGAAUAAGCUAUAUGGAUCUGUUGAUCCAACGUGUGGUUGCCGGUGUGAGGCUGCGGCUUUGAUUCGGGCGCGCGAGGAACANAGAGCAGGUUUUCUCAAUCCUUCCGGGUUUCCUAAACCCACUGAUGAACAGGAAUUGGCGGCAUGGAAAGCUAAUAAUUCCAUAAUUUGUUCUUGGAUCUGUAACAGUGUUGAUGAACACAUCCAACCUUCCAUUAUCUCCCAUAAAAUUGCUCAUGAAUUAUGGUUAGAUCUGAAGACCAGAUAUGGAGGUUCCAAUGGACCUCGUAUUCACCAAUUGAAAUCUGAGUUUCAAUCUUUGCGUCAAAAGGGACAAACUGUGGUUGUCUAUUAUAACCAAUUUGUGACUUUGUGGAAUAAGCUAUAUGGAUCUGUUGAUCCAACGUGUGGUUGCCGGUGUGAGGCUGCGGCUUUGAUUCGGGCGCGCGAGGAACAAGAGAAGACUCAUCACUUUUUGCUCGGGCUCGACGACGAACAGUUCGGUCACAUCCGAUCUCAGAUUAUUGCCACUGAACCUGUUCCGGACAUACACCGGGCUUAUGCACUCAUCGUUCAAGAGGAACGCCACAAGAGCAUUGUUCGUGGCCGAGAUGACCGUACGGACGCUAUCGCCUUUGCCAUGCAGCGUCCCGCUCCUACCUUGGGUCGUGGAGACCCCCCCCAUUAUUCGUGCACACAUUGUGGAAAAGACGGCCAUUCCGUGGAUCGGUGCUAUCAAUUGCAUGGGUAUCCACCCGGGAAGGGCCGUGGAGGUCGCGGCACUGCAUCCGGCCGAGGGGGUCGCGGCGGUGGCAGAACGCCGUCCGGCGGCAGUAGUGCCCCUGGCCGUGGGUCUGGCCGAGGGAUAGGAUCAGCGACAGGGGGAGCAAAUGCAGCCACCAAUUCCAACGCCCUAUGCCUCACACCUGAUCAGAUGACUCGGUUACUUUCCAUGCUCGACGUCUCUUCUUCCGACAAGGAUACUGGGUCUAAUGGUGAGGCAUCGGCUCGUGAGUGGCUUAUUGACAGUGGUGCCUCUCAUCACAUGACUGUUAGCAACUGCUUGCCACCUGCUGCAGGCGAUUUGCUACCAGCAGAGGCGGCCUUCUGGGCGUCACCCUCAGGCACCACCGCUGCUCUAUACAUUGCAUAGAAGGCCUUGAUUGAAGGCAUUUCGAUUUUCAAUUGAUUUUGGUUACAUUGGAGAAGUAGUUUGGCUUUGCUGAGAUAUGCGUUU